GCCCAGAAAGAGCCCAAAAGAGGGAGCGAGAGAAAGAGCAGCUUCUCAGAGGAUUCUCAUCCGAUCUCCGAUCUCUCUUCUCCGGUGAAAAAGGAUGUACGUUCGAGCGCUUCCGACGACGGAUGUGAACCGGAACACGGAGUGGUUCACGUAUCCCGGUGUGUGGACCACUUACAUCCUCAUCCUCUUCUUCUCAUGGCUCCUCGUUCUCUCCGUCUUCCACUGCUCCCCUGGCAUCGCGUGGACCAUCGUCCACCUCGCCCAUUUCACCAUUGCCAGAUUCGGAUUUGCGCUGAUCAUGAUCGGCUUCGUCUAGGUCACGGGACGCCGUUUGGCGAUGAUCAGGGAAUCUACAACCGGUUGACUUGGUGGGAACAGAUUGACAACGGCAAGCAGCUCACUCGCAAUCGCAAGUUUCUCACCGUUGUUCCCGUUGUCCUGUACUUGAUAGCCUCUCACACAACAGACUAUCAGCACCCGAUGCUCUUCCUCAACACACUGGCCGUGUUUGUGAUGGUGGUCGCCAAAUUUCCGCACAUGCACAAGGUCCGCAUAUUUGGAAUCAAUGCAGACCAAUGA